UCUCGGUUGUCGCGGCUGAAGCGUAGACAAGGAAAAUGACGUCGGUAUCCUAAAUAUGUAACUGAAAUAGGUUAUUGGAAUGUACAAGAAGAAAAAAGUGAAUAACUUGUAUUAUUAUUAUUGUGGGAAAUCGAGGGCAACCGCCACGUAGGCAUGAUACGGUGUACUGAAAAUUUUGCUACAUAAAGGCCAUAGUUACUUUGUUACUGUGAACAAUUGUACAACUAAUCUCGACAUGAGAAUGCAUACAAGAAGCGUUAUUCUGGUUGGAAUUCUCUGUUCUCUACUGUUUAUCUUCUUCUCUUUGGAACUUUGGCCGCUUCUUUUCGCUGACGAUGAAUCUGAAGUGAAUUCCCCUUUGGUAGACAAAGAUGUUUCCGAAAUUCGUUUGAGGAUUGGAUCGCCGCUUCCCGACAAGCGAGAUUCUAAAUGUUUGAUGCACAAUUGCUUUGACAUUUUUCAAUGCAAAGUCAACGAAAACAAACUGAUGUCCGUCUAUGUAUAUCCAUACACUCGCUUCUUGGACGAAGAUGGAAAAGCAAUCAACAAACCAAUGUCGCGAGAAUUCUAUGAACUCCUGUCAACUAUUGAAGAGAGUAAAUACUACACUCCCGAUAUCAAAAAGGCUUGUAUUAUAAUUCCUUCAAUUGAUACCUUGAAUCAGAAAGGUCUCGAUCUUAGAUGGACAGCCAGAAGUCUUGCGGAGUUACCAAGUUGGAGUGAUAGAGGAAAAAAUCAUUUGUUAUUUAACAUGCUGCCUGGUAGUGCACCUGAAUACAAUUCAACAUUAGAUGUUGCAACUGAUAAAGCUAUCUUGGCUGGGGCUGGCUUUGCAACUUGGAGCUACAGGAUAGGAUAUGAUGUUAGCAUUCCUGUUUUCAAUCCGCUCACAAAUAAAAAAGUUGUCCUACCACAGAAAAGGUCAAGUGAUUGGUUGUUUGUGUCAUCACAAACAAAUAUGAACCAUCUCUUCAGAAGCCAGCUGGAAGAGGUUGAAAGAGAUAAUUCACGUUUCUUGAUCCUAAACCACUGCCCUCGUGAUCCUAACAAUGUGCACAAGAGAUGCAAAGGCUCAGAGACUUAUCAGUAUCCAGACAUUUUACAACAUGCUACCUUCUGUCUGGUAAUUCGAGGCGUCAGAUUGGGCCAAACAACUCUGCUGGAUGCUUUGAUGAUGGGCUGCAUUCCAGUUGUCAUAGGGGAUGACUACAUUUUACCAUUCUCUGAUGUGUUAGAUUGGAAAAGGGGAGCAGUUCAUGUGGUGGAGAAAGAGAUCAAUCGCAUCCCUGCUAUUUUAAGAGAGAUCUCAUCCAGUCAAAUUGAAGACAUGAGGAGACAGACACACAGAAUCAUAGCUACAUGGGAAAAAUGCUUUGGUCUCACCAACAAGCCAUUUAGUUCGACCAAUGAAUUGUUUUCCAUCAUUGAAAUUGUGAGGGAGCAAGGAAUUAGGAGACUUCUUGAGGGUUCUGAGAUUCAGCCUUUAGUUAUAUCACAGUUUCUUAUCAUUAUUAGUAUUAUUAUUAUUGUUAUACCUUUAUCUAAUUCUACUCUUUUUAUCGCGCAGUACUUUAGCCAUCUGUUCACCUACAUGAUGCCUGUCUAUAUACGAGACUGGGUUGACAAGCACAUGAAUUGUGAAGACAUUGCUAUGAACUUUAUGGUCUCCAACUACACUGGCAAAGCACCGAUUAAGGUAACCCCCAGAAAGCGUUUCCGCUGUCCGGAAUGUGUGACUGAAUCACUGUGGGCCGAUCCGAGCCAUUUCGUGGAGCGAUCAGAAUGUUUGAACGAGUUUGUCCGAGCUUAUGGCGUAAUGCCGCUACAGACGGUCGAGUUCAGAGCUGACCCGGUGCUGUUUGGAGAGGACCUUCCCGCUAAAUUGAAACUAUAUAACCAUGUUGGAAGCAUCUAGGAGGAUUCAUGUUUGAUAAUAUAAAUGUAUUUUAGUUUUGUAAUCAAGAGUUAGCAGCUUUCCGGUCGCUCCAGGAGCUAUGUUUAAGUAUUGUAAGUUAAAGGUUGAACUUUAAUAGAACAUCAAAAGAGAAAGAAGAUAAGAGAAAAGUUAAAAGUGUAAAAAUGGCGGGGAAAAGCGGGGUAGUUCGAGUGCUCUUUCUCUGUAAUCAUACCUGUCCCAUAUUUCAUAUUUUCUCUCCAAAGAGUCUUUGGAGGAUCUUUCUCCUAUCGACAGCAUUGGACCAACAGAAUUGGGCCUGUAUCGUAGAUUUUUCACUUUCAUUCCAAUUUAUUUGAGUGUCUCGUUAGUAGUGGUAGAGAGCACCAAUUUGAUUAUGCCGAUGAAUUUGAGAACUAUUUGAUGCAUGAUAUUAUUAUGCCUUUUUUCGUUUCUCCUUUUUGGUUCGCUGAGAAAUUUUGCUCAUCAGAAGGAAACUUUCAAAUGACAGUUUACAGUGGUUGACAAACACCACAAAAGGGUAAGUUGAUGUAACUAAGAAUGGAUGAGGCUGGUUAACCCUUCACACUUUAACAUCAGUAUGCAUAUUCUCCAUACUGUUCUCUAGACAUUUCCUUAGGUGCUCACAAGGAGAAUUUGUAUAACAAUCAAAGCUUCUUGUGCUGGUAAUCAUUUACUCGAUACUCAUGAUCUCAAUGUGUGAUUCACCAAUAUUAACGUAAGAGGAAAUUAGAUGCUGGUCACUGGAAGCGUUUUAAGGCAGAAGGCAGAAGAUUAAUAUUGACUGAUAUCGUGAAACUUACACCCAGAGAGUGUGGAUUUUAAAAGAGACUUGCACAGGUUUUCUUUCAGUAAUCACAAAAAAAAAAAAAAAUCAUUUAUUUCUGGGAUUUUUAGGGUUCAAAUUUUCUCUCCGUCGUAUAUAUUUGGCUAAGAAUUAUACCACGUAUUUUAAACCUCGUUGAUAUUUAUUAAAAUUACAUAAUGUAUAUUCACUUUUUAUCCCAGUCGGUAAAGAUCAUUCUCGAAUUUUUGUGAUACUUUUAAAGGCGCAAGUUAAAUUUUAUCCGUCACCCUACUAAAUGAAAGGGAUAGAAUUAUUUAAUAAACAAUCGAAUUCUUGUC